AUGGCUUCCUCGCGUGCACCCGCCGAGGAACGCGGUGCGUCCGGGACAGCGAGCGGUGAUUCUGCCGUAUCGUUGCGGUACAAAGCAUUAAGCGCCGACUCGUACCACCUGGAUAGCCCGCCAUUUACCGGCGCAGCUGUCACAGGCCAUGGUCCUGUCACGCAAGGCCUUGCUCCCGCCGGUAUCGAGGCGCAGGAUGGUGCGAUGUCUGGGGCCCUGCAAAUGGACGCGCAGACAAUGAGCAGUGAUGCCGACGUCCCGCGAUUCCUUCUUGAUGCGCAGUACAUGCAACGAAUACGCGAGUUUGACGAGGAGCUCGAUGAGCAGCAAACGCCCUCACCCCCAGACGCAAAGCCGCUCUCUUUCCGGCACAGUAUUUCUGUUCCUCGUCAGCCGCAAUCAUUGGACUCGUACAGUUUUCCGCGGCACCGUCUGCCCGCGGAAAUGCGCGACGAGUCUAAGACGCCGCUUGUGAUCGUUGCAUGCGGUAGUUUUUCACCACCUACCUACCUGCACCUGCGCAUGUUUGAAAUGGCAAAAGACCAGAUCGAUGAAGCAGGGCAUUACGAACUGCUAGCCGGCUACUAUUCGCCCGUGUCUGACCAGUACAAAAAAGCAGGUCUCGCAAAAGGCACCGACCGCGUCCGGAUGUGCGAGCUGGCAGUGGAGCGCAGCUCCAACUGGCUCAUGGUUGAUGCAUGGGAGUCGCUACAGAAAGAGUACCAGCGCACUGCCAUUGUGCUUGACCACUUUAAUGAUGAGAUCAAUGGCCGAUGCGGCGAGCGCGGCGUGCUGAUGCGCGACGGCACGCGGCGGCGCGUCAAGAUUAUGCUGCUUGCCGGCGGCGAUCUGAUCCAGAGCAUGGGCGAGCCUGGGGUGUGGGCCGACCAGGACGUGCGGCACAUUCUUGGCAGGUACGGCUGCCUGAUUGUGGAGCGCACAGGCGCGGACGUAUGGUCCUUUUUGCUCUCUCACGAUGUCCUCUGGGAACAACGGAGGAACUUGAUUGUCGUGAAACAAACCAUCUACAACGAUAUCAGCAGCAGCAAAGUGCGGCUCUUUAUCCGGCGAGGCUACUCAAUUAAGUACCUCUUGCCAAACAGCGUCAUCCAGUACAUUGAGCAGAACAAGCUGUACCUCGGCGACGAGGCAGCGCGUACAUAA